AUGGGCGAAGGCGCCGGGAAGAAGGCGGCCAAAGCGAGCCAGCAAAUAAGACUAGCGCAGGUGCACGAGCUGAAGGCACUUGCCGUUGAGGAGUACGAGGAAUACCUCAAGUUGGUGAGGAACGCCGAAGGGCAGCAGCAAAGGUUGCAGCUGAACUGGUCCAAGUUUCACCUGUUUUACGAGCAGAGCGGGUGGGCAAGCCAAAAGAACGAAAAGGACAAAAAAAAAAAAAAAAAAAAAAAAAAAAAAACUCCCCCCGAGUAUUCCCAUUCCUCCCCCUCUCAUCGCGCAUAUUACGCGAAUUACCAAUCCAUCGAGGACGACUUGAAGACAAUUAAACGGAGAGAGAGGCAACGCAGCUGCUACUACUUCAAGGCAAAGAAUAACAACGACGAUAGCAAGCGUUUCGUCCUGCACAUUUUAAAAGAAAUUCCUCUCGCGGUGGAGCUGUACAUAAACAUUAAAAUCGAGACAAUCAAUAAAAUAAAAAAUAACAUACUCACAUAUUUGGAUCACUUUUGCAAAAGCAGAAUGAACAAAAUUAUUUUGCUCAUCCUCCUGUGUGAAAUUAAAUUGAACAAUUUAUUCGUUCGCCAGAAGGAUGUUAGCCAUGCAGAAAAUAAAGGGGACAUUCACUUAAUAGGAAAUAUAAUUCGCCUUUGCCACAGCGUUAUUGAAGAGGUCACCAGAAAGUUAAUUCCUUUUUUUUUUUCCUUCAACAUAUUUUCCCCUCCCGAUUAUUUUAAUUACCGCUUUGAGCACUUCCACGCAAUUGUAGAGGGCAUCGCGCCCACUGGCUGA